GGAGGCACCAGCGUGGACAGCAAACAAAUAUCGCAAAGCAGGGGAAGCAAAAGCAGAGCCGUCGUCGCCUCCGAACCCCACACCGUCGCAUCUCAGUUCCAAUCCCUCCCGCCGCCGCCGCCUCCCUCGGCCCCGCGGAUCGCGGCUCCGGUCCCGAGUCUCCUCUCCGCUCCGCCCUCCGGGGGUUCGGUCUGGUCCGCCCUUGCGUGGACGGGCUCUCCUGGGGUUUUGGCGGUGGCUGGCAUGCUCUCCGGCGACCUGGUGCGGUGAACCCGAUGCUGCGCCUACUGUCGGUCGGUGAGAGGCUGUUGACAACCGGAACAAAUAGGCGGACAGCCCGUUUGUCCCAGUCGAGUCACGCCAGUGGUUACUACGCAACAGUGAGGGACAAUGGCUUGUCAACAAGGCGAAAUAUCCCACCCGUCUUCUCUAGAAUGUUCUCACAUUACAAGGACAUUGUCAGAAAGAAAGUUGAGGAUCACAACUAUAGAAAAAGGUUUUCCAGAGGCUAUGGUUCCCUCUCUGGGGCAGUGUCGAAUUCAUCCGCAAGACAGCAAGGCCAAUUGACGUUGAAGCGGCCCAGUCAUAUGUACUCGUAUAGUGGUCCCCGAUUCCCGUUGCUGAGCCGAGCAGCCUGUGCGCUAACUCUGUCCUUAACGAGAUCACAUAUCAUCCCUGGGGUCGUGGCUUUAGCUUUUGGGAAGAUGGCAUUGUCGCAGCCUGUCCUGGCAGACUCACGGCCAUACAUGCCCAAAAUGGAAGGCAUUGUCACGAGGACACGAGAUACUGGCGAGUUGCUGUCAGCCAUGGCUAGGUCAGUCUGGGAGGGUAUCACUUUGUUUAUAAGAGCAGUUCAUUUGGCAUUCCUGUUCUUCCCUGCAACUGCAUUAGCUCCAUUUGCUGAUAGUUUAAGUAUAGAAUUUAGAAGAAGGUGGCUUUCUCUUGUACGUCGUACGCUUGAAAAGGCGGGGCCAGCAUUCAUUAAGUGGGGUCAAUGGGCUGCAACUCGCCCUGAUCUUUUUCCAAGUGAUCUCUGUGUUGAGCUUGCAAAGCUUCACAGCGGAGCUCCGGUGCAUGGCUUUGCUUACAGCAAAGCUUCUAUUGAGAAGGCAUUUGGCCGUAAGCUAUCUGAAAUAUUUGAAACUUUUGAAGAGAAUCCUGUAGCUUCUGGAAGCAUUGCACAAAUACAUCGGGCCACAUUAAAAGAUCGUCCUGACUCGAACUCGACCAGAAAAAAGAAAAGAGAUCAACAUCCUGUAAAGCAUGUUGCAGUUAAGGUGAGGCAUCCUGGUGUGGGGGAAUCAAUCAAGAAGGACUUCUUACUCAUCAAUUUUAUGGCAAAAGUUUCGAACGCUGUCCCUGGAUUGAGCUGGCUAAGGCUGGAUGAGAGCGUCCGCCAGUUUGCAGUUUUCAUGAUGUCUCAAGUUGACCUUUCUAGGGAAGCUUCUAAUUUGCAUCGUUUCAGACACAACUUCCGUAGAUGGAGACAUGUUUCAUUCCCAGAACCAUUGUACCCACUUGUCCAUCCAGCUGUCCUUAUCGAGUCAUUUGAGAAUGGAGAAAGUGUUGCUCGUUUUGUGGAUGAAACUGAAGGAAAUUCUCGGAUGAAGAAGGACCUUGCCCACAUUGGGACAUAUGCAUUUUUGAAGAUGCUUCUGGAGGACAAUUUUAUUCACGCGGAUAUGCACCCGGGAAACAUUCUUGUCCGUCUAAACGAGACCAAGAAUAAGAGGAAAACGUUUUUCAGAUCUAAGCCCCAUAUUGUUUUUCUUGAUGUUGGCAUGACUGCUGAGCUCUCAGUAGCUGACCGUGAUAACUUAAAACAAUUCUUCAAGGCGGUUGCUAUCAGAGAUGGUCGUACGGCUGCUAAGUGUACGUUACGAUUAUCAGAUAACCAGAGCUGUCCAAAUCCAGCAGCCUUUACUGAGGAAUUGGAUAAGACAUUUACGUUCUGGGGAACACCGGAGGGAGACGUAUUUCAUCCUGUCGAAUGCAUGCAUCAAUUGCUCGACACAGUUCGUCGCCACAAAGUCAACAUUGAUGGCAACAUCUGUACUGUAAUGGUGACCAUUUUGGUUCUUGAGGGGUGGCAACGCAAGCUAGACCCACGCUUUGAUAUCAUGGAAACAUUGAAGACUCUACUAAUAGAGAAGGAAGUUAAACAACCACCACCAGAUUAUUUUGGAUAAGCCAUUUUUCAGUUGUCAGAGUACAAGGAUCAGAUUAUCCCAAACACGGCAUCGGUGAGAGAUGACGACUGCAUGGGACAGAAGUUGGAAUGCCUAACUCGUGAAGCAAAUUAAAGUAACACUCAAUGCUGCUACGCACUUGUUCUCCCUCCUUUCUGAAAGUAGUAUUAGAUGCAACUUACUGCACUGGGUACAGUUUGACAACCUUCAGUGCGAAAAUUUUGGCCGCCGCCUUGGGCUGAUUCAGUCACGGGGUUCUGUAAUCCAUCAAAUCUCUUUCUAGAUGUAGUUACAUGAUAACUAUCAUAAACUACGUUGCAGGGUAGUGUGAAUUUUAAUUCCAUGUUAAUCCUUC